GUUGGGAAAACAACAACAAUACCUCAUUUAUUUCUGCCGUGGUUUCGAAACUCUUACGUCCUUCCUUCUGUUCAGAUCACAGCUUUCCCUUGUGAUUCUUUAUUUAAUAAAUAAAACAUUUGACGCUUCCAAUUGACCGAGAGAAAAAAUGACGAGUACCGAAGAACCGACGAAGACGGCGCCGACGGCACCGCCUGCCGGAGACGUGGAGAGCCAGACGCCGGCGACGGGGUUCGGGGUCCCGGGGAUCCUUAGCAGAUGGAGGAGAGAGGAUUUAUUGAAGAAAGGGUCGUUGGUUUUGAGGGUAAUGGGUUUUCUGUUUUCGCUUCUUGCUUUCAUUAUCAUGGCCAGUAACAGUCACGGCGGUUGGGAAGAUUUCGACAAAUAUGAAGAAUACAGGUAUGUGUUGGCAAUAGCGAUUUUAUCAACGCUGUACACUGGGGCGCAAGCUCUGCGGCAAGUUCAAGAGAUGUCAACUGGAAAACAAUUUUUCCCUGCACGGACUUUGGCGUUGGUUGACUUCUUUGGUGAUCAGAUUGUGGCAUACUUGUUGAUAUCUGCAGCAUCGUCGGCCAUUCCCAUCACAAAUAGGAUGCGAGAGGGGGCAGACAACAUAUUCACAGACUCCUCUGCCGCGGCAAUUAGCAUGGAGAUCUUGGCAUUCCUGGCGCUUGCAUUUUCCGCCCUCAUCCCUGGAUAUAAACUAUCAAAUCAAUCUUAUAUCUAAUCGAAGUUUCUUCGUCUGGUUGCAUAUUCUUUUGUUGAUGUUACUAUUGCUUCAUUUCUCACCCCACGUAUGACCUGUAUACCUGAAUUUGUGUUUGUGUCCAUAGCCGUUUAUCUUCUAUGUAUAGUUGAAUAUACCCGCCAAUUUUUUCAAGUGUCCGAAGCCAAACAGAUUGAGAGACAGAGUACUCCUCCUCUCAAUGGUAGUCUUCACUCUUCACGUUGUUGUACGUGUUUGUAUUUACUUUUUCAAUGAUAAAUGUUUUGUUUGGGAA